AUUUUAAUUUUUAUAUUUAUAAAGAACUCAAUAAUGUUACCAAAAUUCCUUUUCCUAUUGUCAAUACUGGCAUGUGUCAAUUUUGUCAUAAGCAAUGAUUACCUCACACUUGAUGAAUGUAACAAAUCCAUGCAUAAAAAGGUUACAAACGACUGCAAAUGUAUAUAUGAAGAUUACAUUACUUGUGAAGUAAUUUUAACUACUUAUCAAAUUUGUAGCAAGACUUUUCUGAAAGAAUAUUAUAAAAAAAACUUGACUGAUUGCGAUAAAACUUAUUCUGAAUGUAAUUCUAAAGAUCAAUGUCUAAUAGGAAUGUGUGGAUGUUUUAAGUCAAUGGUUGCCUGUACUGAAAGAAAAUGUGCACUACCAGAAGCAGUGGCGGGAGUCAAACGAGCUCGGUCCGUUCAAGCUUUAACUAGUUUUAAUGAAUUUGUUGGUAGAAAUUUCGAUAAGACGUUUGAAUUAAAGAAGGAAGAGUAAAGAAGAAAAACUUGCAGAUUUUAACUUGCGGAUUUUUAAAUUUUGCGGACAAAAAAAUUUUUUUUAUAAUUCUUUAUAGUGGAAAUAAAUACAUAUCUCUAAUGAAGUUUAGAAAUAUUUCAAAAUCAGCCUAGGAAUUUUUUCAAAAUUUUAGACUGGAUUGCGCCUUACUGGCUUGCUUCGUGUCUAUCUUUUAUCUAUGUAUUGUGUCUACCCAAUGUGUUGGGAAACUAAUAAAUGCACGUGUUUAUUGACUUUUUUGAGCUGUAAAAAUGAGCUGA